AUGGUUCUCUUCUAUUUCUUGUCUAGUGACAAAACUGAUUUUUUGGCCAAAAGCAAAAUUAAUCAAUUUCAAUUCGCUUUUUUCGAGCUUCGCACUUUUUGCAGGGGUAUAAAAAGCAGUGCACGCUGGCCAGUAAAUCAUUCCACAGCCUCCCUGUCUUCGGAACAGUUAACGGAUACCAUUAAACCAACCUCCAAACCUCCCAAACUUAGAGCCAUGGCCUUCAAGUUCUUCGCUGUUCUUGCCCUCGUGGCUGCCGUUAGUGCUGGUGUUGUUCCUGUCCAGCAGGUGUACCAUGCUCCAGCCCCUGCUGUGGCCUAUGCCCAUGCUCCUGUGGCCGUUGCCCAUGCCCAGCCCGUGCUGGCCAAGCACGACGAUGAGUACGAUCCCCAUCCCCAGUACAAGUUCGCCUACGAUGUGCAGGACGCCCUCUCCGGAGACUCCAAGAGCCAGGUGGAGGAGCGCGACGGCGAUGUCGUCCAUGGCGAGUACUCCCUCAACGACUCUGAUGGCUACCGUCGCAUUGUGCAGUACACCUCGGACCCCAUCAACGGAUUCAAUGCCGUCGUCAACCGCGUGCCCCUCGACCAUGUCAAGACUGUGGUGAAGUCAGUGGCACCCGUGGCCGUUGCCGCUGCCCCACUGCCAGUGGCCUACCAUCAGCACCACUAAGGCUUACGGCUCUCAUCCUUCCCUCAUCCC